CUUCCACCUGAACGGCUUCAGCGCCCUCCAACUGAUCACGUCAGUCACAAUAUCCUGUAGCGUACAAUGGCCUCGGUGGGCGGGCAAAACACCCCCAGUCUGGGUGUCCCUAUUGACAGGGCAGAAUCACCCUCAGAUACUAUACGCACUGUUAGAAAUCAAGAUUCUAAGACGAGACUGGCCACGGUUUCUGACACCACAACCAACAAGCGACGCAAGUGGAACUGGACGAAAUUCUUUACCGGAAAGGAUAGAGGCAUUUUUUUCGUCGGACUAGUGUUGAUCACCUUGCCCUGCGUUUUAUUUUCCGUCUUUGUAAUCCCGCAGUUCAGUCAGGGCUCUGCAGCGGUGAUCGCAGUGUUUGUAUGGAUUUGGGCAGUUACGAAGGCUUCAAUGUUUCGCACCAGCUUCAGUGAUCCUGGAUAUCUCCCCAAGAACUUAGAGCCUGAGCCUCAAGUUACCGCCGAUUCAACAGGUGCCUUUGAGCCCCACCCACCCGCACCGUCCCAUACAUAUCAACCCACAAAUAUCGGGCAGUCCAGCGUCUCUUACCCCCCCGGUUCGUUACCUCAGCCACAAACUUCCUCAACAUCACUUCCCCGGAGUUAUCCUUUCAUUACACCGAGUAACGCUGCACAGCGUACGGCAAUAUAUUCACCAGAACCUCGUAUAGUGCAGAUUGGCCACACCUCGAUGACGUUAAAAUACUGCACAACCUGCCACGUUUGGCGGCCAGCUCGAGCUAGUCAUUGCAGUUCAUGCGAUCGUUGCGUGAAUAAUCACGACCACCACUGCCCGUGGAUGGCCAACUGUGUGGGAAAGAGGAAUUAUCGCUACUUCUAUUCGUUUCUAUGCAGUUGUUCUGCCCUGGCACUAUAUAUUUUUGCGUUUAGUCUUGCCGGGCUACUUAAAACUUCUCGAGAUGGAACAAGGAGUGACAACAGCGAAGAAGGUGGUUUCUUGUGGGCGAUACGUCGCGAACCGGUGAAUCUGGUGCUCAUGGUGUAUUGCUUUCUCAUUGGGUGGUCGGUAGUUGGAAUGUCGUGUUAUCAUACGUUCAUAAGUUGUAACGGAGUUACCACACAUGAGCAACUUAAGCAGCAUGUACACGAGCAAACAAUGCUGCACGGGAGAUCAUCACGUGGGAAUGAGGAGCCGAGCCUGUAUCCUUUCUCGCGGGGUAGCGGUUGGAAGAAUUGGAGCUGGCUCUUAUGCCGGACGGCAGAACCAAGUUAUGAUGCCAUGGAUCUGGAGUCGAGUCAAGUCCAUCGUCUAUCGAUACAUCCUGAGCCAGUAACAUCAUCCGACACCCACGCACAUACCUAGUUUUAUAUUUUAAGUACUGCAGCGCUGAUUGGACGGAAAACCAUGGCCACAGACGAGAGCUACAUAAUGCGUUAUCAACAAUGCAGAAAGAGUUGUAAAGUACUAGGGUAAAAACCUCCCUCUUAGGCCAAGUUGCUUCAUGUCCACAGUCUGAAGAGGGAAGGUUGUCGUACAUGGUGUGAUGCACCCAGAAUUGUCAGAACAAUGAAUAGUAUGCGGUACAUAAAUGUCUGGAUAAACAAAGAUACGUGAACAUCC